UCGCCUCCAAAUCGUUCUUUGUUUCUUUCUAAAACACUUAUUUAUUUCUGUCGUCGGAAAGAUGGACGGAGCCGAAGCAGGCCAGUCGCUGAUUAAGCGACUAGCGUCCUGCGACAAGCCAACCCGUGACAGAACUGUCCGGACCCUCCUCCAGACCUGGCUUCCAUCACAGCCCCAGGUCUCCGAAGAAGACAUGAAGAGGCUCUGGAAAGGCCUCUUCUACUGCGUCUGGCACGCUGACAAGCUCCCGGCACAGACCGAACUCAUCGAGAAGCUCUCUUCUACUCUCCCUUCUCUCGACCCACCUCUGUCCCUCGAGUAUUUCUCUGUUUUUUUAAUCACUAUGCGGCGGGAGUGGACUGGCAUCGACAGGCUCAGGUUAGACAAAUUUUACCUCUUAAUUCGUAGGUUCUUGCACUGUUUCUUUCUUAUGUUGAAGAAGUGGUUAUGGGAUUUGGAUUUUGUGCGGAGCUCAAUUGGGAUAUUAGUUGAUAGGACUUUUCUUGCUGAUGAUAACUUGCUAGGCAAUGGUGUUAAUUAUCACAUUGCCUCCGUUUUCCUCGAAGAGAUUAGGCCUUUUCUUCCAGUGAGGAAGGAAGUGCUCGAGGUUGUGUUUGAGCCGUUUGUUAGUGUCAUGGGAAAAGUUACUGAUAAGGUUUUGGUUGCAAAGAUCAAGAAUAAUGUGUUUGAUUUGUUGACUAAAAUGGGGGGGAGAUUGCUUGAGGUUAAGAAAUCAGAGACUGAGAUUGAUUCCAGUGAUGAUGUGGUUGUGUUGGGGACAAUUGCUUUGUUAAUGGGAUUUUCCUCCAAGUUUUAUGAAUUGGGGUCUUCGACUGAGUGCCAUCAGGGAAAUAGAAAGGUGUUGUUGGGUUUACACGAGGACUUUCUGAAGUUGGAAAAGGAUCUGGCAACUUCUGGGAUUGAGAUUUCAAUUCCUGAGGUUAAUGAGGACUGUGGUGAUAAGGUUCCAGAAUUGGUUCCAAUUGCCCAAGAGAUGGAAACAGAUGCCCCAGAUGCUGCUGCAGAGCCUGCCGAAAUUAAUGCCAAUGGGUCUGCUAAGAAGAGGUUGAAGAAGUUAAAGAAGGCUGAAAAGGCUUCUGUUGCUAGUGGCAAAAAGGCUAAGAAAGGAAAGACUGUUGAGAACCGUAACAGUAAUUUGGAUAAGGAGAAUGACAGUGAGGUAAGUGCAAAUGGUGAAAAUUCAACCGCUGAACAACUUGGUGAUGGGGAUGCCAUAACUUUUAAUGAAAUGGUGAUAUCGAACCUUCAGCUGCAAUUUGAAAAGGUAGCUGGUGAGGUUGACUCGCAUAAUGAUGUGCCAAGUGCUUGUGACUCACCCGUUGUUGCAGUUAAUGGUAUUGUCUCCAAGAAGAGAAAGAGAUCAAAAGGUAAGGAUGGGCAAAAACCCAAGAAUGCAGAAUUGACCAGCCAAGGAGAUGCUGAAACUAGUGGAACUGUAAAGACCGGCGACAAGAGUGCCAAGAGGGUUAGGUUUUCAAUGAAAAACAACUUGGUGUGGAAGCCCCAGAGCCCCUUACCUCCACAAAGUUUGAGAUUACCACCCUCUGUUACACCUAGAGGAAGUGCACUUAAGAAAGGGGUACCUCCAGGUCCCAUAAGGGAAAUGGCUCCUGUGACUAAAAAGGUGAGAAAGAAAGCUAAAUCUGUGAAGAAGGCUCGGAUGGUAGUAAAGAACGUACGUGCAAAACGCCUGAAGAUGGUAUGAAGUUUGAUUUUUUUUUUUUUUUCCAGUGGGAAGGAGCUUCACUAAGUUCAGUCAUCUAGAUUCUUUUUAACUUGAUCACCUAUGUUUCAUUUUUUUAAGAUUUCACCAUAUUGUGCUGCUUAGACGUUAUCAUCUUGAAAUUUUAAAGUUAAUUUUGAUGGCACUUUGAUUGUUUCCAUUAAAUGAAGAAUAAAUUUUGGUUAUCUUU